AUGGCUCGGCAGAAGCCAUCUGAAGAUUUUUCAUCUAAGGCAACAAAUAUAGUAGCUUCUAUAAUUGGUGACUUAGUGGAAAAAAGUACACAAGGUGAUAUUAUUUUUGAAGGACAGGAGGGUGUAUUGACUGUUGCCCUUGGAACAAAUGAACACCCUGGUCGGAUUCACACUACUAUAAGGGGUGUGGGUUUUAAGAAAUUCUUUGGAAAAAAUUCACGCCUCAUCUCAGUAGGUGUCUCUCAAGAUGACAUUCUAGCCUUGCAGAAAAGACCGAAUGCAAAUUUCCAACAUAAAUUACAAAAAGAUCUCAAACAAUAA